UGUCAGUGUCAACGCCAGCAAUUGCAGUUGCAACUGAACUUUCGCGCUCCAGCCUGUAAUAUCUUAUGCCGUUUUCCUCAAAUCCCAUCAACCCAUCACCGCUUCAGUCAAGGUUGAAGCGGCAUCCUGCCCUGCUCGGUAUCCCAUUUCUUCUCAUCAUAGUUGGCGCCUCGUUUGGUCUUCAGACUUUCACGCAAACCCGAUAUGACUUACAGGAUCAGAAAGUCAAGCGGAUCAGCAACGAGCAAGCUCUAGGUCUCGAUCACAAGAAGAAAAAGUUUGACAUUAGGGAGGAAUACUAUAAACUAAGUGCUGCUGGAGAGCAAGACUGGGAACCCAAAAGAAUUGCAAGACCCAAUGACUUCCCUGAAUUGGGUGUUCCCCCUACUGAACCUCCAGCGAAAUCUUGAUAUAUCUGCUGCGCUACACUAUUAGCCACUCAAUAUUUCGUGCUCCAGGCGACCUUCACUCCGACCUGUGUUGUAGGUGAUACCUCGGUUCUCGUGGCAGUGGGAAUCUGCGGGACAUCACUUGCUGCUUAAUCGGCACCAGCCUGCGCACCAACUCUACCGCAUAAAACGAUACGCAGAUCAGGGCGAGUGCACCCUAGUCCUUUCUAUUCUGUCAUACUUUUAC